AGGUCCUUUGUCUUCUCAAGGCCUUCUUGUGCGGCAUGGGUCCUCCGACGAGCAUGUGACACCUUCAGCCGGCCAUGCCAGUCAUGGGACGAGAGGAUGGCUUUGCCGCCUUCCUGGCGCUGCGGAAGGCGCCGCCCAGUCGAAGCAGGCAGAGUGCUUUGGAGCGCUUGGAGGGCCUCCGCAGCCUGGGAGCCGAGGGCGAGCCUGAAGUCGUUGAGGUGGACCGCUUGGCCAAAGAUGCCGAGGAGGCGCCCCUGGAGGAGAACCCGUUCGCCUCCUUCCUGAGCCUUCGCCCACCAAAGCCCGCCGAGCAGCAAGAGCUACAGCUUGAGCAACAUUUGCGGCAAGAUGUACUGAAGAUGAAGAAGCAACUGCUGGAGGUGGCCCUAAACCUCGAGCUUCAGGCCAUCGACCCAGAGACCCCUGAAGAGACGGCGCUCCGUUUGCGGAGGCUGCAGAAAGCACAUAGAUACUUGCUCCAUCCUGAGCGCACGGCCGACGCCUUGAGUGGCAGCGAGGAUGAAGACAGCAACUUGCAGAGCAAGAUCGUUGCGCAAAGCCCCUCACACGCCAAGCUGUUGCACAGGCUGGAGAACGACCAGCGCCGCUGGAGCAUGGGCAUGAUGCGGAGGCAAGCCCCCCCCAACGUCUUCACGCCCACAGAGUCGCGGCCGACCACCGUCUACCAGGAUGAGAUCGCCUUCGGCCAGAAAGAGAAGAGAUCGGGGCUCGGAAGCAGGGCGAGCCGCAAGAAGGAGCAGCAGAGUGCGUCUGCGCCGAACCUUGCAGAACAGAGGCCGUUGCCGCCCCUGUGCAAACAAAAGCCUUCGUUUCGGACGUGGGAGGGAGACCUGGUGAUUGAUGAGAAGUCCCUGGCGCCACUGACUGGCUGGUAUUGGAAGACAAGGAGUUGGAAUAUCCAUAUCUCUGGGAAGGACCUCCGGGCAAGCCGGCGCAUCCCGGAGAUGGCGGCAGGUGGGGUGGUCUUUGGCAACGGACUUUUGCCACUCUUCAGCGGGAGCCACUUGCUGAGCACAGGCUACUUCUAUGCCUUCAAGGUGGACGCGGUCGAUGAGGAACACUUCCCGCUCGAAGGCUUGCGCGACUUGUCCUUGGCCUUUGGUGUGACGUUCCUGCCGGGCGGGCACAGGCUUUGCAAGAAGCCCAUGUACGCCUAUGAGAUCCCAGGAAGCAUCCUCAUUGGGUAUGGCCAGCACAUGGUGGAUAGUGGGGAGUGGUUCACACACAAGGCCUGGGAUCCCAAGACCCUCGACGUGGGGGAUGUGGUGGGGCUUUUGGUGAGCCCUCACGGUGACUUGGUGGUUUAUGUGAACGGCAUGCAGGUGCUGCGAGCGGCGACCAGUUUGACCAAGGGGAAUCGACAUGAACCACAUCCCCGACGUAAGGCCCUGGGGCCCCGACGAACGCUCUUCCCUCUCAUUGAUUUGCACGGCCGAGUGACGGAGGUGACCUUGUUGCACGGUGCCAGUGCACCCAAUGUGAUGGUGGCAUGUCAGGUGCCACCAUCAGAACGGCAUGGACAUCCAGGUGCAUCUCUUGCCGCAUGGAGCGCAGCCAAGACUGCCAAUUGGUCCUCAAGUCGUGCGGUCCCCACGCCCACGCGGGCGGUGUCCACCGUCCCCGAGGCCCGGAACAACGUCCACGAGAAAGAGCUGAAUCCCCUGGGUGUGAAGGGCAAGAAGGCCUUCCCGAUCCCCGGUCGGAGCCUGCCCGGACUGAGCAAGGUGCAACCGGAGCUGGACGACUCCCUUCCUCAUCUGAAAGACUUCUGAUUCUGGCCUGGGAUGGAGGAGCGUCAUGGAGUCUGGAAAGACUUCUGAAUAUGGUGAUCCUCAGAUGGAU